AUGCAGAACACACCACAAGGAUGCAAUCUUAGGAAAGCGAAAAAAAGAGAACAGAAUUGUCGCUAUUAUGCACAACAUAGAGAACAAAUCUCUAAAAAGCGUCGCCUGGAGCGAAUGAAACACAAAAUGCUCUUGCCUACACCUCCACCAUGCAACACCCCACAGAUGAUCAAUUCAGAUUCGCCUAUUUUGAAUCAAAGCCUUCCUUUCUCAUCUGGCCAGACCAGUAUUGUAUCAGAGCAAAUAGAACAACCUUCAUUUCAUAGUAGCAAGCUACAACAGAAACAUCUAACACAAAACAGGCAACCUCUACACCAUCAGACAAUAUUGCAGCCUGCAACAACACAACAAUGCACAACAAAUUGUUUCUCUUCUGUGCAGUACAUUCAAGCAUUGCAAGCCUUCCGCCAUCGCAUUGAUUCGCUGUCCAUGCUUCAAACAUGUAGUAUUUGUAAGGAAAGAUAUAUUGGAAUGCUGCUAUGCAGGAACCAACAACCCAUUAUUUGUUCAAGAUGCUUUUCUGAAAAUGGUGUUCAUCGUUUCUCCUUGGCAAAUAACUUAGACCCAGGUGAGCAACCUGUUGUCUUAAAAAAACUUACCCAAGUAGAAGAGAUGCUUAUAGCUAGGGUUGCUCCUCUUUUGCAAGUCAGACAUGGAAAAGGUGGCCAAUACAAAUAUUCUGGUCACACAAUAAGUUUCCCCCAAGAUAUUUCAGAAAUUGCAAAGCUUUUGCCACGAAGACUAAAAGACCUUGAAGUUCUUAUUGUCCAUCGAAGUAAUAUACAAGGCACAAAAUAUGAUUGUUAUGUGAAUAAAUUCCAUGUUAUGGAUGCAUUGAGCUAUAAAAUACAACAUGACCAGUACUAUAAUGAUGUUGUCAUAGACUUUGAUGCUGUCAACCUGCUUCCUAAUACUACAACAGAUAUAUCAAAUAUGCUACGCUCUUUAGAAGAGCAUACUAAUGUAACAGGUAUUCCACCAACAGAAGACCUCCUGGACAAUUACAAUGAAUAUGAUGCAAAUAUGUCAUCAUCUUUUGUUCCAAAACUGCCUCCUCCACCCUGCGAACUAGAUACAGUUAAGAGAACCUUGCAGUUAGAUGUUGAUACUAAUAAUAAUAUCCCUUGGCCUGAAAUAAACUUGUCUCCGAUAAAUGAAUAUAAUACAAUAGGCUUGUUAGGCAUGGCAUUCCCAACCCUUUUCCCAUCUGGAGUUGCACUUCCACUACAGCCACGUAUCAAGCAUGUUUAUUUACAUGAAUAUGCUCUCCACUUACUUAGAUAUGCUGAUCAAAGAUUUGGGCAGCAUGUUAGAUUCCGGUAUUAUAUUUACAAUCUAAUUAUGAGACAUCGUUCGCAACAAUCUGCAGCUAUCUUCAUUAAAACUAAUUUGGGAGAGUCUGUCCCAACCACUAUCGAAGCACUCCAUGGACGAUUGCAAAACACUCCUGAUGAUCAGCUGCCUAACCAAUUGUUGCGCUUUGGCGCAACUCUUCGAGGCACCCGUGCAUAUUGGCGUAAAUCUAGAAAAGAGCUCGCUGCAAUGAUCUCCCAAUUGGGGCCCCCAACACUGUUCUUUACAUUAAGUUCAGCUGAUACCAAAUGGCCUGAUUUGCAUAGGCUCUUCUCUGAAAAUGAUGGCCAAACCACACAGUUUACAAGAAAACAACUUACAGACCAUGUGAUCUGCAAUCCACAUAUAACAGCAUUAUACCUUCACAACAGAUUUGCAAUAUUUCGUGAAGAAAUUAUUCAAAAGUUGUUCCAAGCAAAGGAUCAUUGGUAUAGGUAUGAAUGGCAACAUCGAGGCUCAGCCCAUAUUCAUGGCUUCUUAUGGCUCCCUGGAGCACCAAAUAUGGAGACCAUUAAUUGGACAGAUGAUAAUGAGGUGCAAAUGGCAAAAACUUUCUUCGACCAAUAUGUUUCUGCUUGGAACCCUCGCAUUGCAGCAGACCGCAUGAAUGCAAUGCCGUACACUGCAAUGGAUGACCCUUGCCUAGCUGAUACAAAAAAAAUCUUCACCAUGGAUGCUGCAUUGGAUUAUGAAGCAUUGCUUAAUACUUUACAGAGACACACAAAAUGUACAGAACAAACAUGCCUCAAGAAAAAAGGUCCCACAUUUGAAUGUCGUUACAAAGCUCCAUGGGUUCAACAAGAGAUGUCUACAUUGACAGUUGACAAUGACAACAACCCAUGCUAUAAACCUGCAAGGAAUGAUGAUCGUUUAAAUAUUCAUAAUCCUUGGAUGCUUUCACUAUGGAGGGCUAAUAUCGAUUGUCAACCAGUCACUUCAAAAAAAGCUGUCCUCCAGUACAUUUCAAAGUAUGCUUCAAAAUCAGAAAACAAAUCGCAAUCCUAUAUUGAAAUGCUGAAAACAAUACUAAAUACAAGUAAAUCUGAAGAUAGCAUUUUAUUAACAUAUCAGAAAUUUAUGAUGGGCAUAGUAGUAGACCGUGAUAUCAGUGCACAAGAAACUUGCCAUAUGUUACAGAAAUUGCCUCUUCUAAGUUGUAGCCGACAAUUUGUCUCUCUAAAUGUUGGCAGAAAAAUACUGCACCGUGUCAUAAAAUCAGAUAAUGGAGCUGACCUUUCCACAACUUAUAUCCAUGCUUAUAUGCAGCGCCCUUUUGAAUUAAAUGCAACAAAUUUGCUACAAUCAGCACAAGGGUUUUCCUAUAAUUCUCAACGCAAAAAAACAAAAUGGCACAUCAGGGAUAAAAAAGCAAUUGUGACUGUAUAUCCUCAGUUUACAGAGCCUCCAAAUGAAGAUACCAAUCAGUUUGAGAUUUUUUGUUUGUCUGAAUUGCUGCUAUACAAACCAUUCCGUGACAUCCCAACUGAAAUAGGAGCUUCAAAGGAACAAAUUAUAAAAAAUUGGAAAAACUUUAAAAAGACAAAUUACAACCGUUUGGGAAAUCAACAAAUUAUAGAUGAUUGCACCCUUCCAAACGAAGAUGACAGUGACAAUAAUGGUUCCCAACAUCAAGAUGAUACAAAUCUGUACGAGUGGGAGCAGCUCUCACAAAUGGGAGCUUCAAAUAACUUUGUCCAGAAUGAUCUGCAAAUGCUAGGCCGUCGUGAUUACGAUAUUAGCCACUUUUGGGGAGCAACUGUUGUGGUUGAUCAACUAGACUCCACUGCCCUUCAGUUCAUACCUACAAGCAAGCUAAAAUCCCAACACACUAGCAUGCAAAUCUCCAGCCAAGACACAAAAAAAAACCAGCUAUCGCCUCAGCAAAAAGUUGCGCUCAACAUCAUUCUACAACAUCAUAAUAAUCAAUCUGCAACAACACCUUUACGAAUGAUUGUUCAAGGCACUGCUGGCACUGGUAAAUCAUUUUUAAUAGAUUGUAUUAGAAGAGAAUUAAACAUAUCUCCACCUAUGGCGGAAAACCCAUUACUUGUUUUAGCACCAACAGGAGUUGCUGCUUUUAAUAUACAAGCGACAACAAUCCAUGCAGGGUUGCGCAUACCUAUAAGAGAAAUGCAUCCUUUGACAGGGCAAUCAUUAAUGACAUUGCAAGAGCAAUUGAAACAUAUCAAAUAUAUUCUGAUAGACGAAAUGAGCUUUUUGGGCCCGAAACUACUACUUAAGAUAGAUAACCGUUUACGCCAAGCAUUCCCUAACAAACAACAUGACAUCUUUGGUGGCAUGUCCAUGAUUCUUGUUGGUGAUCUUGCUCAGCUUCCCCCUGUUAUGGAUAAACCUAUAUAUGCUUCACACUCUACAGCCCUCAGUUUAUGGCAUUCUUUUACUAUUGUCAUAACAUUGGACACUAUUUUCCGCCAGCAAGGUGCAUCUAUAAGACAACAACAAUUCAGAGCACUUCUUCACAACUUAAGAAACGCUCAAGCACUCCAACAUGAUUGGCAGUUUCUAAUGUGCCAGACAAAUGCAACAUUAACUAUUCAACAAAAGAAAGAUUUCAACUCUUCAAUCCACUUGUUUGCAACAAAUGAAUCUGCACGCUUGCAUAACAGGAAAAUGCUGAAAGAAUUAAAUUUGCCUGUCGCUCUAAGUUUAGCUAAAAUUGCUAAGCAAACAAAUACUGAAUAUGACACCAAUGAACAGCUACCAUUGGAAGUAUUACUUUCUAUUGAUCAGCAAGUGAUGUUAAUAGCUAACUUGUGGAUCAAAGUUGGCCUUGUUAAUGGUGCUAUUGGUCUCAUAAAACAAAUUGUAUAUGAAAACAAUACAAAACCACCAGACUUACCAAAAUAUGUGGUUGUCCAAUUCAAUGAUUAUAAUGGUCCUCCAUGGGAUAUAGCACAUCCAAAAGAUAUACCCAUUUUGCCAAUAACGCGAGGUAGGCGUACGCAAGUGCCUUUAACAAUGUCUUGGGCCAUCACUAUUCACAAAUCCCAAGGUCUUACAUUAGAUACAGCUACCAUUGACAUAGGUAAUACUGAAAAGCAAGGCCUCACAUUCACAGCUAUUUCCAGAGUCAAGACAAUUGAUGGAAUACGGAUCGAACCACCAUUCUCUUUUGAAAGGUUUUCCAAACUGCAAAAUAAUCCUUACACAACCAUUAGAAAGAAAGAAGAAACUCGUUUGCAGCUACUCUCUGCGCAAACAGAUAUCUAUUCACCUUAA